AUGCGCUUGUCUCUCCGAGAUCUUCCUAAACCGUCCACCACUCGCCUGACCUCGCUCGUUCCCACUUUUAUUUUCCUCUCCCUCCCAUCGUGGACUUGCCGUCAUCUUGCGUCGAUCGCGCUCCCGCCCACCGCCAACAUUCCUCCGUCAACCUCCUCCCCACGCGCCAUACCCCUCCGCAGCCUCCCCGAUUCUUCAGCCCAAUUCACGGUCCUGGAAUCCGCCAGCGAGAAGGGAAGUCGUCGGUCCUCCCUAUCCUCGACUCGCUCGGGCGAGUCAGACUUCUCCGCCUGGUCAGACACCGGCGACCUUGCCGAACAGCUCGCCGAGGAGGAUCCGCUUCAGAUCCACCUCCGCAAGUCGCUCGACCGUGACCAUCGUGCUCGACGAGGUCGAAGGAGAGCCCCCAAGCGAGUCCAUUAUCCACCCGAUCUCGAUUAUCCCCGCUCUUCGGUCGAUCUUGAAAAGGAACAGAUCCAAAUCCCUACUCCCCCGCCCCGACGUAUCUCCAGAAUCGAGCGUAUCCUAGCCGCCCUCAUGUCUCCCCGAAACGGGCAAAAUGCCCAACUACAUGGUUUGGUGGGCAAGCCGUUGUUGUAUUUUACAAGUGUCUUUGUAUCACUAGGUGUCUUCCUCUUUGGCUAUGACCAAGGUGUCAUGUCCGGAAUUAUCACAGGAGCGUUUUUCCGUGAUUACUUCGAUCAACCCUCCCGGGCGACUAUCGGCACAGUGGUGGCCAUCUUGGAAGUCGGCGCAUUCAUCUCCUCCCUUCUGGUUGGCCGCAUCGGCGACGUGAUCGGUCGCCGGCGAACAAUUCUCUAUGGCUCGGCGGUGUUCUUCGUUGGCGGUGGUCUGCAGACCUUUGCAGUCAACAUGCCCAUGAUGAUGGUGGGCCGUAUCGUGGCUGGUCUCGGUGUCGGUGCCUUGUCAACGAUCGUACCCGUUUAUCAAUCUGAAAUCUCGCCUCCCCAUAACCGUGGAAAGUUGGCCUGCAUCGAAUUCACGGGAAACAUUGCUGGAUAUGCUACCAGUGUUUGGGUCGACUACUUUUGCAGCUUCAUCGAAUCGGAUAUCUCGUGGCGCCUGCCCUUGCUAUGCCAGUGCGUCAUGGGUGCCUUGCUUGGAGUCGGAAGUUUGAUUAUCUGCGAAUCUCCCCGGUGGCUUCUUGACAAUGACCAUGACGAAGAAGGCAUGAUCGUCAUCGCAAACCUCUACGGUGAGGGUGAUAUUCACAACGACAAGGCGCGUCAAGAGUAUCGAGAAAUUAAGAUGAAUGUCCUCAUGCAGCGACAGGAAGGAGAACGAUCCUACAGUGAUAUGUUCAAACGCUACAAGAAGCGAGUAUUGAUUGCCAUGUCAGCGCAGGCUUUGGCCCAGUUGAACGGAAUCAACGUGAUCUCGUACUAUGCGCCUUUGGUCUUUGAGUCAGCCGGAUGGGAAGGUCGGAACGCAAUUUUGAUGACAGGUAUCAACGGCAUUACUUAUCUUCUCUCCACCGUGCCUCCAUGGUAUCUGGUCGACCGCUGGGGCCGGCGACCUAUCUUGCUCUCUGGGGCGGUGGCCAUGCUCAUCUCCCUCUCCUUGAUUUCAUACUUUAUUCACAUCGAGAUUAAGGCGACCCGGACUUUGACUGUCAUCUUUGUGAUGAUUUAUAAUGCCGCCUUUGGAGCAUCCUGGGGACCUAUCCCUUGGCUCUAUCCUCCCGAGAUUUUGCCUUUGAGCAUUCGUGCCAAGGGUGCCAGUCUCAGCACCGCCAGCAACUGGGCGUUCAACUGGCUUGUGGGAGAAUUGACGCCCAUCUUGCAGGGAGCCAUUGGGUGGCGACUGUAUCUACUGCACGCUUUCUUCUGCGCUUGCAGUUUCGUGGUUGUAUACUUCUUGUAUCCCGAGACCAGUGGUGUUCGCUUGGAAGAUAUGAACGUCUUAUUCGGUGAUGCGACUACUGCCAUGCCCACCCCAGUCACCGAUGGUGAGCGUGGAUCCUUGAUGGGUGGAGGCUCGCCCGUCCCCUCGCUUGACAUUCGCCGACCCUAUGGCCAAUUUGGAGCCGAAAGUGCCAUUCCUGGGCUCGAUAUCAAUCCACCCACAAUUGGUGCUGAUGGCCUAGGCAAAUCAGGACGAGGCGAUUCCCAGGCGGGUAGUCAUCGGGGCGAAGGAAUUGGAGGCUGGAUCUCCAACAUGGUGAAUCGCCAUCGGAGCGGAAGUACUGGCACCAACCCAAGUCAAUACAGACGGUUGGGACAAGGCGAGGACGAGGAGGAACAUUAA